AUCUUUCCUUUAGAUCAACGGCCUAGAUUAACUGACAGAGCUAUCCCCUCUCUAUCACUUGACCAAUAAUAAUAAUUAAUCUCAAAUGCAAGUCUCCAAGUUCAACAACGCACAUCGCCCCAAUCCUCCCUCACUGCAAAAAAUUUCUACGCCGGCGCCUUCAACCCACUGCUUCACGAUGACUCGUGGUAACCAGAGGGAUCGUGAUCGCGAAAGAGCUCAGGCUCGAGGCACCGCCAAGGGUAAAGGCAAGGACGAUGGAUUAACCCCCGAGCAGCGUCGCGAAAGGGAUGGGAAGGCACUCCAAGAGAAGGCUGCGAAGAAGGCGGCCGAGGGGGCAGGAAGUGGCAACUCUGAAGGUAAAAGCACCAAGAAAUAACAGAAUUGGAAACAUAUAUUAUUAAGGGUUUGCUUUAAAUUUUUCAUAUUUUGUUUGAUGAGAAUGGUAUUUGGGUGUUUGUGAAUCUAUGUUUAAUGCGUUUGUGUUUUUUGCAUCUAUUUUUGGUGUAAAGAAACAGUUGUAUUUUUACCUUUGGAUCAUCUCAUUAGAGAUAAACAUCUAGUUCUUGAAUUUUUUCUUGUUUGUGUCUAUUAUAAUUUUUUUAUGAUUA